AUGAUGAAAGGAGAAUUUGAAAUGAGCAUGGUGGGUGAUUUAUCAUAUUUUCUAGGCCUACAAAUUAGACAAACAGAUAGUGGUAUGUUUGUUUCUCAAACUAAAUAUGCUCACAAUCUUGUAAAGAGAUUCGGACUAGACACCAGCAAAAGUGUUCGCACUCCUUUUCCUACUCAUAUAAAAUUUCAUCGAGAUGAUGAUGGGAAGUCUGUUGAUCCAAGUGCAUAUAGAAGCAUGAUUGGUAGUUUACUAUAUUUGACAGCUAGUAGACCUGACAUAAGUUUUAGCGUUGGUGCAUGUGCAAGAUAUCAGGCGAAUCCAAAGGAAUCGCACCUAAUCGCAGUCAAAAGAAUCAUAAAAUAUGUUAAAGGCACUUUGGAGCUGGGGAUAUGGUAUUCAAGCGAAUCCAGCACCCAACUAGUUGGUUUUACUGAUGCUGACUGGGCAGGUAACAUCGAUGACAGAAAAAGCACGUCUGGAGGCUGUUUUUACCUAGGAUCAAAUCUUGUAUCCUGGCUAAGCAAAAAACAGAAUUCUAUUUCGUUGUCCACUGCCGAGGCUGAAUACAUCGCUGUAGGAAGCAGUUGUGCUCAAUUAAUAUGGAUGAAACAAAUGCUUGCUGAUUAUGGAAUUGCACAAUAG